CAUGUGACCUUAAUCUCAUUGUAUUGCAGGGUGAGCCGCUCCAGUUAUCUAUCCUUCUACAUCUGUUUGGAUUCAAUUGCAUCAUCUUGAAUUCCCAGCUUACUUCACUUACGUCUCUUCAUCUUUUGUCUCCGAACACUCCUGCCUCUGUCCUCCGCUACAUACACUCUUCACUAACUCCUUUUCUCUCCCUUUCACGUUCUGUUUGUAUUUAAUUGCAUCGUCUUAAAUUCCCUCUCCUUGUUGCGUCUUUCCAUCUUUUGUCUCCCAACACUCCUGCCUCUAACCUUAACCUUCUUCACUAGUUCAUCUCUCUCCUAUCUUCCCCCCUUCCGUUCUUAUAUUUUCUCUCAUUUGUUAUUAUUCCUCCAGGUUGUGGUGGUGGUGGCAGCGGCGAUGGCGGUGGUGGUGGGGAUAGCGAAGGGAACGCCAGCUCAUCUUCAUGGCAAUUUCCACAGCUACCAUCCACCUUCAGGCUUCUAUCUCCCCUGCAACCCCCUCCGGCCUGUAUGAAGCUCCUCCACCUCCUCCACCACCUCCUCCUCCUCCUCCACCUCCUCCACCACCACCACCUCCUCCAGGCAUGCCGUUCGUGUACUCGUGGAAGGUACUUGACGAUCCCACAGCCAACGACUACAGCCACAGCACCAACUCUGAUGGUGACUUGACCACAGGAGAGUACCGCGUGCUGCUGCCUGACGGACGCACCCAAGUCGUCACAUACACCUCCUCCCUCAGCACUGGAUACGUCGCUGAGGUGCGGGGCAUUUACCACACAAAUGCCCACCUAUGCUCCUCCCCACCUCCACCCACCUAUGCUCCCCACCCAAGCCCACCUAUGCUCCUCCCCACCUUCAUCUACUUAUGCUCCCCACCUCCACCCACCUAUGCUCCCCACCUCCACCCACCUAUGCUCCCCUCCACCCUCACCUACUUAUGCUCCCCACCUCCACCCACCUAUGCUCCCCUCCACCCAAGCCCAUCUACCACGCCCACACGCCCACAUAUAAGAAAAACUCGUGUACAUUCAAGUAAAGAGGAAGGCACAGAAGCUUUUGAGAAUAUCAAUCUUAACCAAUCCUUCCCCCCCCUUCCCCUCUCUCUCUCUCUCUCUCUCUCUCUACAGCAGAAGGGGCAUCCAUACGCCUUCAGCUACGGCGUCAAGGACUACCACACUGGGAAUGACUUUGGCCACCACGCCUCCUCUGACGGCAACACGGUGACUGGAGAGUACCGUGUCUUGCUUCCUGAUGGCCGCACUCAAGUUGUCACCUACACGGCUGACCACUACAAGGGAUACCAGGCUGAGGUGCGCUACGAGGGGGAAAUCAAGUACCACCCAGAACCCAAGCCCCAAACCCCCUACCACCCCCUGUACGUCGCCCCCCACGCCUAG